AUGACUUGGCCAACAUUAUUUGAUACUAAGUUAAGUGAAUAUGACGCGAUGGAAAUGCCUGGUCAGCAGUUAGGUGCAUCUUUUGCCAAGACACCUUUGGAUCAUCUGCUGAACUUGACCAUUAACACUCCUGCACCAUGUCAAAGACUUACAGGAAUUAUGGCAGCAAUAGGUCGAGCAACAUACAAUGUUGAAACCUUAGAAAAGAUGAUGGAAGCGGGAAUGAACAUUGCCUUUCUCAAUAUGUCAUUCGGUUCCAGAGACGAACAUGUAGAAGCGAUAAAAAUGAUUCGUCAGGCUGCCACGAACUAUAGCACCACCGUUGGUAAACUUUACCCGUUGGCGAUCGCUAUUCGUUUAACUGGCAGAAAGAUAAGGACAGGUCGUAUUGCCGAUAGCUAUGGCGAAGAAGUAGAACUAAUAACUGGCGAUACUGUAAGACUCACAACAGAUGAAACUUACAAAGAUAGGUGUUCUACUUACACAGUGUAUAUAGACUUUAUGUAUCUGGCUGAACAGUUAAAAAAAGGUGAUUAUAUUUUAUUGGACAAUGAAAAGAUCUCCUUAAAAGUGGACGUGAUAUCUGCAACAACUUUGACAUGUAACAUUGAAAGAGGUGGACAUCUGGGAUCAUACAAAGAUGUGUUUAUACCAAACGUUGCACUAAACAUGCCUGAUUAUUCCGAAAAAGAUGUAUUGGAUAUAACAAUGGCAAUAGACAAUCAGGUUGACAUUAUAAUCGCAUCGUUUGUUAACAAUGCGGGUAAUAUUACUGAAUUGAGAAAUCUCUUAGGCAACCAGGGCAAGAAGAUUUCAAUCAUUGCAAACAUACAAACAAUUGAAGGAUAUCGUAACUUUGACGAAAUACUUGAGGUAGCCCAAGGUAUAUUAAUAACGCGACAAGAACUUGGAUCUGAUAUUUCACCUAAGAAAUUAGUGAUAGCCCAGAAGAACAUGAUCGCAAGAGCCAACAAGGCUAACAUUCCUGUAUGUAUUAGUGCUCAUGUUCUCAGUAGCAUGACCCACCAAAAAAUUCCACUUAGAGCUGAACUCCUGGACAUAUCGAACUGCGUCCUAGAUGGUGCGGAUUGUUUGGUACUUGGCCCUGAGACAGCUAUCGGAUCGUAUCCAGUAGAAGCUGUACUAUCUAUGGCCGGCACUUGCAAAGAGGCAGAAGCAUGCAUUUGGUCAAAACAAAUUUUUAUGGAUUUUGUUGACAAGACGCCAGUACCGUGUAAUCAAACGACAUGUACAGCAAUGGCAGGAGUAUUAGCUGCUCAAAGAUGCAUAGCAGCAGCAAUAAUUGUGAUCACUAGUACUGGCAAAACGGCCGAGAUAGUCGCAAAAUAUAAACCACGAUGCCCAAUAAUAACAGUCACAAGAUAUCCGCCUGUAGCAAGAAGACUGCAUCUGUUUAAAGGAGUCGUGCCUCUUGUGUAUGAAGAUCCCCCUGAAGGAGUUUGGGCAAAUGAUCUUGAAAACCGCAUUUCUUUUGGUGUAAAGUGGGCUAUGGAGAAAGCUUUCAUCAGAAUCGGUGAUCCUAUAGUAAUUAUUUGCGGCUGGAGACCAGGAACGGGAUUCACGAACACCAUGAAAGUUAUAUAUGCUUUGGAUUAA